ACCCCACUUUGGUAUGGACAAAACCCUCUCUCUCUCUCUCUUUCCCUAAACCCAAAACUCUUUUUGUUUCUCUCUCAUUCUGUCUCCUGGCGGCGGAGUCUGAGGUUGAGGCUGAGGCUGAGGCUGAGAGUGUAAUUGAUCCCGUUCGUUCCUAUCUCCUCUUUCUCUCUCUCCUCGAGAACCCACAACUGAGUUUUGGGAUUUUUAUUUAGGGUUUAGAGAUUCGAUCUGGUCUGGUGAUGGCGGCCACAGUUGCUCCCCCUGCAGAUCAAACAGCAGAGCUUUUGCAGAAAUUGUCUUUAGACUCACAAGCAAAGCCUUUGGAUAUUCCUGAGCCUACCAAGAAGCCUUCUGUUUAUCAGUAUGAGUCUGUUGAUUCAGGCAACGCAGGAAAUACCCAAAUUCCAUCUUUUGAGCGAUGUGCAACACCCUUGCUACCAGAUUUUAUGGAUCCAACCAUGUGCUAUCUUCCUAAUGGUUAUCCAUCUGCCUAUUAUUAUGGAGGCUUUGAUGGAACUGGUAAUGAUUGGGAUGAAUAUUCACGAUAUGUGAAUCCAGAUGGAGUUGACAUGACUUCAGGAGUUUAUGGGGACAAUGGGUCUCUUAUGUAUCACCAUGGUUAUGGCUAUGCACCAUAUGGACCAUAUUCACCAGCAGGUUCUCCAGUUCCAACUGUGGGAAAUGAUGGUCAGCUCUAUGGGCCACAGCACUACCAGUAUCCUCCCUACUUCCAGCCACUGACUCCUAGCAAUGGCCCAUUCACUCCAAACCCGGCUGCCCCAUCCCAAGGUGAGCUUUCGACCUCUGCUGCAGCCGAUCAAAAGCCAUUGCCUGUUGAAACAGCUAAUACAAAUUCCAAUGGAGUUGCUGGUGGGGCCAGUUUGAAGGGAAAUAAUGGUUCAGCUGCAAUAAAACCAUCAUACCCAAGCUCAUUUAAUUCUAAUAAUUCUUAUGGAAGGGGAGCCAUGCCAGGAGGUAUUCCUGCCUCUGGAUACCAGGAUCCAAGAUUUGGUUUUGAUGGGUUUCGGUCUCCUAUCCCAUGGCUUGAUGGCUCUAUGUUUUCAGAUGGGCAACAUAGGCCUGUGACUAGCACUGGAAUAAACUCUUCAUUUUCAAAAGCGAAUAAUAUCCCAUCUUUGAGGAAUCAAAAUUACCGUUCAAAUUCUCAUUACGUGGGACUGCACCAUCCUGGGCCAAUGUCUGGCAUGGGUACAGCUCAUGGGUUUAUUAAUAGGAUGUACCCAAACAAACUAUAUGGCCAGUAUGGAAACACAUUCAGAUCUGGAUUAGGCUUUGGAUCUAAUGGUUAUGAUCUGCGAGCAAAUGGAAGGGGCUGGUUGGCUGCUGACAACAAGUAUAAACCAAGGGGACGAGGCAAUGGUUACUUUGGUUCUGGGAAUGAUAACAUGGAUGGUCUGAAUGAACUGAACAGGGGACCUAGGGCUAAGGGACCUAAGAACCAAAAGGGGGCCACACCUAUCGCAACAGCUGUCAAGGGGCAAAAUGUUCCCUCAGAUGGAACUAAUAGGGAAGAGAAGGAAAAGGCAUGUGUUGUUCCAGACCGCGAACGGUAUAACAGAGAAGAAUUCCCAGUGGAUUAUACUGAUGCCAAGUUCUUUGUUAUUAAGUCGUACAGUGAGGAUGAUGUCCAUAAAAGCAUUAAGUAUAAUGUUUGGGCCAGCACACCAAAUGGUAACAAAAAGCUUGAUGCAGCUUACCAGGAGGCUCAGCAGAAAUCUGGUGGCUGUCCUGUAUAUCUUUUCUUCUCGGUCAAUACAAGUGGGCAAUUUGUUGGCCUUGCUGAGAUGGUAGGGCCUGUUGAUUUCCAGAAGAAUGUGGAGUACUGGCAACAAGACAAGUGGACUGGCUGUUUCCCAGUAAAGUGGCACAUUAUAAAGGAUGUACCUAACAAUUCCUUGAAGCACAUCACUCUAGAGAACAAUGAGAAUAAACCUGUCACAAAUAGCAGGGAUACGCAAGAGAUCAAGCUUGAGCAAGGACUUAAGUUGAUCAAAAUCUUCAAGGAGCAUUCCAGCAAAACUUGCAUUUUGGAUGAUUUUGAAUUUUAUGAGGUUCGCCAGAAGGCAAUUCAGGAGAAAAAGGCUAAACAGCAGCAACAGCAGUUGCAAAAGCAGGCAUGGGAAGGAAAGCCCGUGGAUGACAAGAAAGAUGUAGCGAACGGUUCACAGAAAUCUAUGGAUGUUGGAUCAGAUUUGAUAAAGGAAUCUAGUGUAAUUGCUCAUUCGAAUGGGGAUCUAAAGCCUUCGGAGAAUGGUUCAGUGACAAAAUCUAGAGAUGCCCCAAAGGGUGCGAAGCCAGUUGUAGUGUCAGAGAAGAGGGUUUUAUCAAAUGGGAUUGCAAACGGAUGCUAGCUUCCUGCCAAAACCCCCUUGGACGGUUUGUGAUCUUGUAGAAUAUGAAGAGGAGUUUUCUUUGAAAUUUUGCUGCUUUAGAAUAGAUUACAGAAUCAUGGGCCGUCGAAGUGGAUCAUCUGUCUUGGCUGAUAUGAAAUGAAUAAUUUAUGGGCGGGGCAGUGUAGGUUUCUGUGGGAAUCCAAAAGGCAGGAGUAUGAUGGAUCACUUUCUAUAGAUGGGUAGCUACGGACAGGUUUCUCCCCAGGAGGAGGUUGGGUUUAGGGUUUUUAUAUCAGUGGUGGUCUUUAUUUAUUUUUUUUCAACCUUUUUUUUUUUUUUUGUUUUCUUUUUGCCGCUUUAUUAUGUUUUACAUGCUUGUCGAUUUCCUACCUCAAAAAUCUAGAACGACUUUGGUUUUUGUACUAGCUCUCCCUUUUUUCAUUUUUA